AUGGGUCUAGUCUUUCAACACAUUUUGGCUGCUGCCGGCGUGAAGAUGCCAGUUGCGCAAGAGUCGAAGGAUGAUGUCGCCGUCGUCGCCACAACGUGGCACUGGAGCUACUAUGAGAUCAUUCAAGACAUGAUGGCGAUGGAGGCCACGCAAAGACCGUCCGCUCGCGAAGUCGCUUGGCGGUUAAGGGGUAUCCUGGAAGAGCUACCCGAACUCCCAUAG